AUGGAAGAUGAAAGUCUUCAUGAGCAAUUGACUCGAGCUCAAUACAAGGGAUAUGUCAAGGUUUUACAGGCGUGUCUUGCCGGCAUUGAGUAUUCAGCUCUCUUUCAACACUCCGGCUCAAACGGUUUGGCGAGUGUUUUCCAUAUUCUUGAGAUUGCGCACACUCAUUUUUGGUCUCGAGAUGAUGGAGUGAUGACACCGGCGAGUGGAGGGAAUUCACAGUUACCAACUCCUUCUGCAUCAGUACAAGAUCUCAAUCAAUACAGCCUCGCCAAAAACUCCCCGGCCACCUCGUACGAUAUGAGAUCGAUGCCGAAACCGAUCGGGAAACUCUCAAAUGGAGAACCGAUCCAGGGACCCGAGCACCGCUCAACCCACUCCAAUCAUUGCAAUCCGAAAAGAAACCAAGCUGUUGUACCAUUUGGAAUCCCGGGCAACGAUCCAUUACCUAAACAAACGAUUCCGCAACCAACUCCACCACCAAUUCCACCAAGAGAUGGAGUCGCCCAUCCGCACCCACCACCAUCACCUGCGAGGCCACAAAUGGAUGGAUUUGAUUUUACCCAAUCAACAUCCAUUAUGGCAAAAUAUGGUUUUCUGGGAGGAACGCUUUUUAUGAUGUCGUUGGACAAGAAAGGGGAUAUCAUUGGAAUGGAUCAAGAACCCAGUGAAAUGAUUGAUCGCUAUUCAACUCUAUCGGAAAGUGAGCGAAAACGAUUGGAAUUGGAAGAAGAUCGCCUCCUUGCAACACUUCUUCACAAUUUGACUGCUUAUAUGAUGGCUUGUUUUUGGUUUUCC